AGGAAUAAUAAGGUCACAUCAGAGCUACGCAUUCAGCUCACUCAGGAGGACCCUUUGUGAGGAAAUGCAAAUCUUUAAGUUUUAAAAGCAAAUGGAAAGUUGAACUAUGCUCAAGCUUUGCUCAAACUUUUUCUCACACAAGUCGGAUUAACAGUUCAAGUUCAUGAUGAAGCUUUACGCAGUUCUGAUCCUGUUUGUGGCUCUGUCUGUGGCUGAUGGAUUGAGAUGCUACACAUGCACAGCAGCUGAAUCUAGAUCCUGCACAGACACCAAAUCAUGUCCUGUCCUUUUCAAUCGAUGUUUCUCUCUCAGAGUAGAUGGGUAUGAUGUGGUAACAAAGGGCUGCCAAAACAGCAUAGCAUGUGUGGGCUCUAUGACUUGUUGUGAAGGAGAUCUGUGCAACGGUGCCUUUCCAACUGGACCAAGUGUCAUCCUGCUGCUGAUGUCUUCAGCCAUCUUCACACUCUUUCUGUGAGACUGCGGGAAAAUGUUUGUUUCUUUUUCUGUCUCUUUAUUUUUCUGUUUGUACAACUGAAGAAAUAAUUAAACUCAAUAUUAACAAUGUCUCCUGUAUUCAUUGCAACUAGUUUAUGUAGCAGAUAUCAAACAACACAUUUGAAAUUAAUUUAGCUAGGAAGAAAGGUGAUAAACCAGGACAAAUACAUGAACCAUAAGGAGAUUAAUACAUAUUGUUCAAGCUUUGGUUUACACAUAAGAUUGUACACUGUAUAUUAGAACAAUUGGGUCAUGUUGUAAGCAGCUGUAAAGCACAAGGAAAUGUCAGGAAACGAUGUCAUCAGUGCAGUUUCACAGAAUACAGUGCUCUCUGUGCUGGUAAGAGUUAUGUGUUGACAGAAGACAUUUUGAUUUAUUGAUGGUAAACAUUGAGGAUCUGUUCCUUUCAAUCAGGUGUGUCAGCUUAAACAAUGUGAAUAUGACCCUGACACAGCUGAAUAGAUGUUUAGUAACCCUUGAUAUACUAAGUGUAGUAAGUCGCAAUUACAUGUUUAGUAUGUCUGGUUUAUGUCUGGUGCAGAAGUUUCCUGAUGUUUUACAAAGUUGAAGCUGCACAAAAUGAAACAGGAUCAGUUUGGUUGAGCUCUAGUUGCCUUUCUCUAAGAUGAACUUAUGUAAACUUGAGCAGGUUAGUAACUCACGGAGUGUUCCAUCAUGGUUCCUCUUUGGCUGGGAUGUGGAAGUUUGCUGAGUGGCUAGAGCAUGGUGAAAACAUCUGUGCUUUGUUGGGGUUUUGCUGUUUUGUGUAAAAUUUGAUUCAUGCAGCUGAACGUCUCUCACCUAAUGUUGCUGUUUAGAUUUUUUGAUUAACCGAUCUCGACGUCUGACAGUCUGUCAUUUAUUUUUACUGGCUGAUUAUUGGUUGAAAUGACUAGAUUAACUUUUUUUUUUGUAGAUUAAAUGUUUUCUUUUCUGUUACAUCUGAUAUCUACUGGAUCCGAUUUUAAGUGUUUUCAUCAUCUACAUCAAUGAUAUAUGUAAAGUAUCAGAGUUACUUAAAGUUAUUUUAUUUGCAGAUGACACAAGUGUUUUUCAUUCUGGGGAUAAUUUGCAGCAGAUUUUGGGGGAGAUGACAAAAGAAAUAAACAAAUUGAAACUGUGGUUUGAUAAAAAUAAAUUAUCCUUAAAUUUGAGUAAAACAAAGAUUAUAAUAUUCGGACAUAAAUUUAUUGAUUCACAUGUAGAACUCAUAAUUGACAAUAUGAAAAUAGAAAAAGUAAAUGAAAUUAAAUUUCUUGGUGUACUUCUGGACCACAAAAUCUGCUGGAAGCCACAU